CAAGUCCAGCGGCCCCAGACGCGGCUGCACUUUUCAAACCUCAACCGUGAGAAGCGCCGGUCGGCGUCCGUGCGUGCGGCGCUCGUCGCCGGGAGUCGCCUCCCAGGGACCCGGCCGCCGGCGAGCAGCCGCCGUGAGCGGGGAAGAGAGCGAGGUAAAAGUGUGUGCCCAGAGAAGCAGACCUGCCGUCAUCUACCAUGUCUCGGAGAAGAUUCGAUUGCCGCAGUGUCUCCGGCCUGCUGACCACCACUCCUCAAACGCCAAUGAAGACGGAAAAAUUUAAUAAUUUCUAUACACUUAUGUCGAAAGAACUCGGGAGAGGAAAAUUUGCUGUUGUUAGACAAUGUAUAUCAAAAUCUACGGGCCAAGAGUAUGCUGCAAAAUUUCUGAAAAAGAGGAGAAGAGGCCAGGAUUGCCGGGCAGAGAUUCUGCAUGAGAUAGCCGUGCUGGAGCUGGCCAGGGCCUGUCCCCACGUGAUCAAUCUGCACGAGGUCUACGAGACGGCCACCGAAAUCAUCCUGGUGUUAGAAUAUGCUGCAGGUGGAGAAAUAUUAAACCUGUGUUUACCUGAGGUGGCUGAAAUGGUAUCUGAAAAUGAUGUUGUCAGGCUCAUUAAACAAAUACUUGAAGGAGUGGAUUAUCUACAUCAGAAUAACAUUGUUCACCUUGACUUAAAGCCGCAGAAUAUACUACUGAGCAGUAUAUACCCACUUGGAGACAUAAAGAUUGUAGAUUUUGGAAUGUCUCGAAAAAUUGGGAAUGCGUGUGAGCUUCGAGAAAUCAUGGGAACACCUGAAUACUUAGCUCCAGAAAUCCUCAACUAUGACCCCAUUACCACCGCGACAGACAUGUGGAAUAUUGGCGUCAUAGCAUAUAUGUUGUUAACUCACACAUCACCAUUUGUAGGAGAAGAUAAUCAAGAAACAUACCUGAAUAUUUCUCAAGUCAACGUAGAUUAUUCAGAAGAAACUUUCUCCUCAGUUUCACAACUGGCCACGGACUUCAUCCAGACCCUCCUAGUAAAGAAUCCAGAGAAAAGACCCACAGCAGAAUCCUGCCUGUCUCAUUCGUGGCUGCAGCAGUGGGACUUUGGAAGCUUGUUUCACCCCGAGGAGACUGCAGGUUCCUCUCCAGUUCAGGAUCACACCCUCAGGUCCUCUGAAGACAGGACCCCCAAAUCCUCCUGUAACGGGAGCUGCGGAGACCGGGAGGACAAGGAGAAUAUCCCCGAGGACAGCAGCGUGAUCUCUAAGCGGUUCCGCUUUGACGACUCCUUGCCCAGCCCCCACGAGCUGGUUCCAGACGUGCUGUGCUAGCGCUUUCUGUGAGCCGCCGGGACUGACGUGGAGAUUGAAAAUCCUCUCUGUGUGAGAUGGUCUCUUUAGCUUCAUAUGUGAUAUGUUUUUAUUACAAAUGCACUUUUGCUUAGAAGAACGUAGGGAACAGAUUGAAUGCUAGGUUUCUGUUUGCUAGCGUAGCAUUUCCUGUCCUGAAGUUGUUUUACAGAGAAAAAUAUUUAAGUAUAUGACAAAAAUGUAAAUUGUGCAUGUGAGUUCACAUGCAACUAGAAGAAUUCAAGUUCAGUUGAACUUAUAAAAUGUUUUACAUAUCAAGAAAAGUGGGUUCUACUAUGGUGAGUGAAGACUGAACAGAGUGCAAACAUUGGAAUGUAACAGCUUCUCUAAGGAGCCCUGUGCAGUGACUGUUGAUGGGACUGGUCUGGGGAAGCAAUGUCAAGUAUAAACCACACUGUACUGAGACGGUGUUUAUUAGCAAAGCUCCAGAGAUAUUCACAAUUGGAAGUGCUUCCCACUUACCAAUACCUUGAAACUAUGUAAGAUUUCCUUUGUGUGCAGGGUGCUCCGUGAGCAGGGCUGUCAGCCAGAGCAGAGAGGAAGCAGGGCUGAGCCAGGCUGUUUCUCUGCAAGCUAAAGCAAAACAUGGCAUCAUUUUCCAACUCCGAUGUGUUUUGCACACUCAUCGUACAUCAGAUCUAGCAAAGGUCUGGAAGAUAGGAAUGUGUGGUUUGCAGAUAAGAAAGGUCCUCCUCAUCCUCUAGAAUUACCAGAGUAUAGGAGAAUUGGGAAAAGCCAAAUGUGUUCUCAUUUCAGUCAGCUAGACACACUCAUAAAGGGAAAUGUUAAGUCCAGGCAGCUCAUUCAGUGUUGGGUAUCUCCUAAGUCUUAGAACAAGCCCACCGUUUAGAGUCUUCCACAAAAGUACCAGAGUAUUAGUGGAACUGUUGGCACCAGAGUCCUUGGUAGGCAGCGCAAAACAUUAUGGCUUAGGCAUUGCUGGAGUUCUUCAGUGAAAUUCCGAGUGAGUGAGGAGGCUUGACACGCAGCUAUCUCCAGGGUCCGUGUGUGUGUGUGUGUGUGUGUGUGUGUGUGUGUGUGUGUGUGUGUGUGGCGUGUGUGUGGUUCUGCUGGAAACGACACAGAUGAGCUUCUAGUGUUGAGUCCGUGGUCAGUAACUGUGUUCAGUCCUGAUGGGAAGGAGCCUGGGGAAUGCUCUGGUGACUUCCCAUUUGUGCCUGCUAGAAGGUCUGUAAUAAUAUGCUACUAUAAUAAACUCCAUUACCAAAAACCUUAAUAAAAAGCCCAUGUAUUUCCACAUUGAAGUGGGUUUAGGCUAAUGAUCUGUAAAUUCUUGAAAUUGUUAAUAAAUUCUGAGUUCUUUAGAAAACUUUAAACUUUUUUAAAUGAGCAUCAGGUGUUUGACUAAACAUUGAGUUCCUUCUUUCUUUGUCAUCUUUACAGGAAAAGUUGUGCUUUGUAUAUGUGUGUGCAUAUGUGUAUGUGUACAGUGUAUGUAUAUAUGUAUAGAUAGAGAAAAGAGUCUUGGAUUGUUUUUUAUUUUAUUUUUUUUAUUUUUUUAUUUUUUAUUUUUUAUUUUUUUUUUGGUUUUUUGAGACAGGAUUUCUCUGUAGCUUUGG